CCGCCAUGCCCAUGAUUGGUAUGUGCCUACAGCAAGUUCCGAAAUGAGUAGAGAUACUAGGCCUUUAUGAUUUUCGCGUGUGUCGUAAGAAAUGUACUCUAGUCAAAAUUUUGUGAUAAUUUUUUUUUUUUUUUUUUGCGGACGCUAAAUCGCUAUUAAACUCUGUAUUAAUAAUCAAGUCAGUAACAAGUAUAAUUUCUGCAUCUUCCAGCUGUCUCUCCUUCAUUCCCCUGUUCCCUCAUUUCACUCUGCAAUUGAUCUUCAGCUCCAGCUCUGAUUCCUAGCCCAGUUCCUGAAAUCGAAUCGCAAGUCCGGAGGAGCUUGAAUCGGCCAGCUGUGUGUGUGUGUGUGUGUGGGGGGGGGGGGGGGGGGGGGGGGGGGGGGGGGGAACAACAUGGCGGUGACGGAGCGCUGAACGGCGGUCAGUUCGGUAGAGGAGAAACUAAAACAUGCAGCUGAGUUUGCAGAGGUGGUUCGGAUCUGGAGCUUCCUGUCAAACGAUCUGCCGGUCGUUAAUGAAGCUGCCAUCGAGAUCGUCGGCUGUCAUCUUCUCCGUUCUGUUCCUCCUCGGCGGUGCGUUGAUCUCCACUCGCCUCCUCGACUCCAAUGCGUUCAGCGGCUCGGCUCGGGAACCGGAGCCGGGGAAGGUUCUAACGGCCAGCAGAAUCACGCUUCCCGGCGCUGCAAUUAAUUUUUCCUCCGGCGAAAAAUAAAGUACCAAUUAAUGGCCCAUUGGUCGGUUUCGACUAUUUGGUUUUAAUACAUAAAUUAUUAUGUUAUUUGUUGUUAUUGGAUUUUUAAUGAUCCAUUUUAAGAGAUUACUGAGUCACUAAAGCGAUCUUUUUAUGGCGCUUUACAACUUUUAAUGGUUGGUUUGUAUCUCAAAUUAUGGGAUAAAACGAAUUAAUUCUUGAUUUCUAUAAUUAAUUUCUGGCUUUCAAAGUAUCUUUGGCACAAGGGUUCAGUCUAUUCCUCCGGUGGCUACUUUAGUAUCCACGUCCGGUUAUUUGACGAGAUUGCGGCCAAACACGGUGGUUACCCCACCGACAAAGUUAUCAUCAAUGGCCACUCACGCGAAAUUAUUUUGCAUUAAUCGCUUCGACUUAUUGAGUGGCUUUCUUGACCAUGAUCCCAGCCAUCAAUGGAAGUAAAUUCUGAGGUAAAGAGGCGAGCGCUUAUUUUGGUUCAUCAAAGCUAAAAAGUCGUUUGGUAGUUAUUGGCUCUUAACUUUGUGGUUCUCCAUAUUAAUAAAUUAAUUGCUAUUCAAAUUAUUACGCUCAAGCUUUGUAUCUCACCGGGUGCCAGCCUAUGAUUAGUUCGGGUAUUAACUCUCGCCCUCCCUUUAAUAAUGGUGUCGAUUUCCCUCUAAUUCACUCGAUAGUGUCACUGAUCAACCCAUUAUUUUUUAGAAUAAUUAGCUCGUCAAUUAUUGGGUUAGUGUAGUAAAACAAAUCCAGUGUCUAUUUUAUCGUUGGGAUUUGAAACAUGGAGGAAUUGGGUGAUUAAUUAAGGGAUUUAGUUACAUUUUCUUCUUUGUCCAUUUUUCAUAUUAAUUGGGACCAAUGGAUAAUUAUGAAAUUAAUUGGUACCAUAUUAAUUGUACUAAGAUUCUUCAUAUGGCAAUGCCUCAAAGUCAUACUUCCCACAGUAGUGACCCUUCAAACUCGUGGAGUAAACUGUCUUAACCGAUGGCCUAUCUGCUGGAGACAUCGAGAAAGCAUUGAACUUUUAUUAUUCAAAUACCCCCUAGCCAUCAGAUUGUGGACUUUAGUGGGAUUGAUCAACUUUAUUGAGGCCGCCCAGACUGUUAACUUUAGUCUAUGGUGGCGACAUGUCAUGGUCUCCGAGACCUCCCCAUUCCACAUUCUCCAAUGCGUCUGUUUACUUUGGAGAAUCUGGAAGUCUAGAAAUAAAGUGACCUUUGAAUUUAUCCAACCUCAUGUCCGUACCCUAGCCAGACAGUUCUACAACCAGGUCCUCGAAAUCUCCAAUCUUCUUCUUCCCCCUCCUCCCCGCAGCUCUCUACUCCCAAUCCUUCCUGCCACCACUUGGGUCCCUCCACCAGAAGGCUUUUUGAAGAUCAACGUCGACGCAGCUGUUUGUGCCUCCGGGUGUUCGUCUGGGCUUGUUAUCUGUGGGUCAGACGGGCAUGUGAUGUUGGCGUUCAGGUUGCAGCAUCAAGGGAUAUUGCUUGGCCCACGAGAUAGUCGAAGGUGACUCCGAAGUGGUCGUCAACCAAGUCCGUCAAGGCGUCUUAGAAGACUCGAUUGGUGGUUCGGUGUUACGAGAGUGUCUUUAGAUCCUUAGCUCUUUGUCUGUUUGUAUAGAGUUUAGUGCGGUACCUAGAUCCGCCAACAGUGCUGCCCAUAGAGUGGCGCGUAAAGCACUGCUUUUGUCUCGUGUAGAGCUAGAAUCUUUUGAUUUUUUUGGGUGACUUCUUUAGAGGCUUUUAGGGGUCCUGGGUAGAAUUGUAAGCUUAACUAUUAUUCUUCAUUGAUAUCACUCAGAAAUAAAAAAUAAAAAAAAAACAAGUAUAAUUAACAUAAAGAGGAGGAAGCAAACUUUACUUUAAAUUCUACAUAUGGUAACAACCAAAACAUGGUAUACAAAUAAAUAUGGAAUGACAAA